CCUACUGAGCAUUAAGUGCUCGCGCGCUUUUACGCAGAGCAGCCAGAAGCGUCCGAGCGCACAGUCUCCAGUAUGGCUCACCGAUACUCCCAAAUCAUCCCUGCGACCAUGCUGUUGAUUCUGGCAAUAGUCGGGAUUCUGCUGGUGGUCCUUCCGGCUAAAGAGAUGGAGACACCACCCGAAAACAUGUAUGGGAUUGUUCUGGAUGCAGGCUCAUCCCACACCUCCAUGUACAUCUACAAAUGGCCGGCUGACAAGCAAAAUGGCACUGGUAUUGUUACCCAGCACAGCGAGUGUCAUGCAGCAGGUGGAGGUAUAUCCAGCUAUGCAGGUAUUCUUGGUGGUGCAGCAGCAAGUCUGGAGGCCUGUCUGGAACAAGCUGUGAAGGAUAUCCCCAACUCCAGGCACCACCAAACUCCACUCUGUCUGGGAGCUACUGCAGGGAUGAGGAUCUUGAACAUGGUUAAUGCCACAGAGUCCGAGCGAGUACUGAAGGAAGUGGAGAACAAACUGCGGUCAUACCCUUUCAAAUUCAAGGAGGCAACCAUCCUGAGUGGACAAGAGGAGGGGGCAUAUGGUUGGGUCACAGUCAACUACUUACUUGAAAACUUUGUCAAGUACAGUUUUGUCGGGCGUUGGCUGAAUCCAGGCAGGAAGACAAGUGGAGCUUUGGAUUUGGGCGGAGCUUCCACACAGAUUACUUUUGAGACCUCGGAAGAGGUGGAGGACAAGGAGAAAGUGAUGGAGCUUAAGUUUUAUGGACAAACCUACAGACUAUACACCCAGAGCUUCCUGUGCUACGGUCAAGGCCAGUUUGUAAAGAAACUGCUGGCCUAUCUUAUCAAGACUCAAGGUGUGAAACCUCAAGUGUACCAUCCCUGCUAUCCACAACAGUUCAACAUAUCUAUCAAGCUGGGGGAGGAUGUCUUUGAUUCUCCGUGUACUAAGAGCUACAGGCCGGCCCAGUUUAAUCCUCAGAUGACUGUAUCAGUCGUGGGCACAGGAGAUUACCAGAACUGCCUGGACAACGUCACAAAGAUGUUCUCCUUCGACAGCUGCUCUUACUCCAAGUGCUCCUUUGAUGGAGUCUUCCAGCCCAGUAUGAGCGGAAACUUCAUGGCAUUCUCUGCCUUCUACUUCACACAUAACUACCUCAGCCGCCUCACCAACAUCUCCAUCAUGUCCCCCAAUCGACUGAAGAGUGCAAUUCAACUUGUCUGCAACAUGACCAUCUCUGAGCUGACAGAAAAGGCAAAACAGAAAGAGAAAUACAUGAAGAAUGUCUGCGCCAUUUCCAACUUCGUCCAGGUCCUCUUACUGCAGGGCUACCAUUUUGAUGAAGACUCCCUUCUUUCCAUCUCUUUUCAGAAAAAUGUCAGUGGUAGGCGGAGCCUCCAUAGGCUGGGCUCUGGGGUACAUGCUGAAUCUGAGCAGUAUGGUACCAGCAGAGAGAUUUGGACUGAUGAAGGCUCUGCCUCCAGGGACCUGGGCUGGCAUUCUCUUCCUCUUCAUCCUCCUCCUCCUCAUUGCACUGGUAUACCUACUGAUGAUCUACAGAAACACAAGAACUAAAGAAGGCAUGGUGUAAAAGUGAGGGAAACACACCUCCCAGUCUAAUUCAUAUUGCUCAGUUUUGGAAAAAACUGCAAAUAUAUUUAGAUUUUUUUCUUGAACUAUUGUGUGCAUGUACACAAAAUCAACACAGCACUAAAAUGUAGCCUGCACAGUUUUUUUUUUGCAAAUCCAGAACCCUUCUGCUUGAUUGUGUAUGUGUAAAUUAAACUACAAAAUAAUUUAAUUAUAA